UGAGUGACAGUGAGGAUUUCGCUUCGCCCGGAGCGACGUCACACCGAGGUGGAGGAAGACGAGCGCGUUUUUCCCCCUCCCAUUAUCAUCCAAGGAAAACACAUCGGCAGACUGUGGCACACAGACGCCUCUACCUGCAGCAGCCGGUGCGCAACGAAACUUACUUCACCAAGUUCACCAGCGCGUCAGUUCACAGCGCAUCAACACCCAGCAGCACCAAAACAAAUCCCAAGAUUUUUUUUUUUUUUGGUAUUUGUUAGAGAGAGCGCGUUGCUCUUCUUCUUCCCCUUUAAUAUAACUGAUUUAAAUAUCUCCCAAAGCGUGGCGAGCCUCCGAGUGUCCUCACGACCGGAGCUGUUUCGUGCGCUGGUUCGCAGUCAGAGAGGAGUGCUUGGCGUCACUUCUCCUUGAAAACAUGUAAUGCGCUGCGACAGAUAGAGCAGAACGACAAUGAAGAGGUUAACCACACCUUUGAACGCGGACAUCUCUUCAGUAGCCUCUUGACCAACUUUCUUGCGCAUUAAGAUGCGCCCGACGGAAGAGGAGUUGGAUGAUGAACUUUUUGCGCUCUUGCUGACAGACAGUUUCCAGUGAGCUUCUGCUGAGCGUGCCGUCACAAAACGAGGACCUCAUAUGUAUUUAAGAAAUAAUCCGACUCGGUGUUGGCUGUGCUCGUCAGAACUUUAAACUUUGCUGAGGAAUCUCCUGGAGGAUUCGCUGCGUUCACCAUGACGGUUCGUCUCUCACGGAUCCAACUGGCCCUGUUCUUCAUCUUGCUCUGUCCGGUCAAUAUCAUCGGCCUCUGGUGGGCGGUGGGAAGCCCACUGGUGAUGGACCCCAACAGCAUUUGCAGGAAGGCAAAGCGUCUUGCGGGGAAGCAGGCUGAGCUGUGCCAGACUCAGCCAGAGAUUGUCAGUGAGGUGGCCAAAGGGGCCAGGCUGGGCGUCAGGGAGUGCCAGUACCAGUUCAGGUACCGCCGGUGGAACUGCACUAGCCACAACAAAUACUUUGGCAAAAUACUACAGCAAGAUAUCCGGGAGACGGCGUUUGUUUAUGCCAUCACUGCAGCCGGUGUGACCCACGCUGUGACCCAGGCCUGCAGCAUGGGAGACCUCCUGCAGUGUGGAUGUGAGGCGACCAGGAACAGGGCACCGCCAAAACCACCCUCCUCUGGGGAUGGAGUGAAGUGGGAGUGGGGGGGCUGCGGAGAUGAUGUAGAGUUUGGUUAUGAAAAGUCAAAGCAGUUUAUGGAUGCCAAGAGGAGAAGGGGCAAGAGUGACAUCAGGACACUCGUUGACUUGCACAACAACGAGGCUGGGCGGCUGGCGGUGAAGCUCUACAUGCGGACAGAGUGCAAGUGCCACGGACUGUCGGGCUCGUGCACCUUGCGCACAUGCUGGAAAAAGAUGCCUCAUUUCCGUGAGGUAGGCGACCGACUGCUUGAGCGUUUCAAUGGCGCUUCCAAGGUGAUGGGAGGCAAUGACGGCAAGACCCUGAUCCCUGUUGGCCAGAACAUAAAGCCGCCAGAUAAGCAGGAUCUAAUCUACUCCGACGAAUCGCCAGAUUUCUGCCUCGCAAAUCGGAAAACUGGUUCACUGGGGACACGGGGGCGCAUAUGCAACAGCACAGCCAUGGACAUCAGUGGCUGCGAUCUGCUGUGCUGCGAGCGCGGCUACCGGGAGGAAACAGUGGUGUUCGAGGAGAACUGCCUGUGUCGUUUCCACUGGUGUUGUGUGGUCCAGUGCAAAAAAUGCUUGGUUCGAAAAGAGCUUAGUCUCUGUCACUGAUGAACUGAAGAACUGAGGUUGAGAGCUGCCACUACGAUUUGGUUAAUUUUAAUUACUUCUGUUACUUUUUGAGGUUUUUGCUUUAGUUUGGCUAGUGUGAGAGAAAGAUAGCAGUUGGACUUUCAUGGUGAUCCUUUUGUUGAUGUUUUUUCACCACACACAGUCGCGUAAUGCCGCAAGUUGUUCAUUUCAUUAUUUGAUCCCAGUUCUGGAUGUUUGGUUCCCAGGAAUUUUGACAGACAUAACAGGCUUAAAAGUUUAAAAGGUACAGAAAGCAACCAUCAUGGGAACAAUGGCAAGGGGUGCUAAAAGAAGUUCUUCCCAGCCUACCUAAUUUUCUUUUUCUUGUACAUGAAAAAGGACCAAAGAAUGUGAACUUUUCCAUCUCAGUGAAAGAGGAGGACCUAUGCAAAGAGGACCUACGUGUGGCACAGUUUCUUAGUUUCACCUCCAGGUCAUACAGAGCUGUGUGAUGUUGACUGCUAUCUAAAAUCAGGAGUCCUGCCCUGGGGACAUAGGACUUUGGGAACCAAAGACCCUGGACACAUAGGUGUUCUCCUGAGGAGUUUCAGGCUUCAGCUUGUACUAAUACACCUAAUUUGGUUAUGAAAUUUCCUUAAUUGACCAUUUGCUAAGCCCAUCCCCCAAUAUCAAUUACCAUUCCAAAUUCUUAGUAGCUUUUUAAACAGCAGGUCCUUUAUUUCAGACACAGUUCAAGUGUAUUAAGUGGCUACUCAUCUAGAAUGACCACACUGACUAUCAUGGACUGUCUAUUGUUUUAAGUCUUUCAAAGAUAUUGCUUUCUAUCAACAACAUGCUGUAGGAUCACAGGAAGAUUAAAAAACUCUCUAUGGCCCCCAACUCAACAGUACUUUCAUUUUACUUUGACCUGCGUGUUCAUAUAGAAAGACAAUGCAACAAUAACUCUUCACAACAAUCAAUUAUUAACAACAACUCUAAUCAGACCACACCUUGUUGUUUAACAGGCAUUCCAAAUACAAAAAUAUGCCAAUUUUGACUUUUCUUCCUGCUACUACAUUAUGAAUAGACAAAAAAAAGGGAAAUAGUAUCACAUUAUAACAUUUGAAGAAUACUGUCAACACCACAUUUUGCCGCAGCGACCCAGCCUGCCAGCAAAGUUAUUUAUAUAAAGAUACGAUGACAAGACUACUCACUUCCAUCUCUCUCAGAGGCACUUUGGAUUAGAUGGCUGCCGUGGACUUCAGUAGCUUCGCAACAAAACCUUUGGGGGGUGAUCUGUUAAACCAAAAGAGAAACCUUUAUUUACAAGACAUUGUUUGGUAACAAGAAAAUGUAUAUAAUGUAUUUUGUUUAUCUGUCAUGAUAUACAGGGCUAAUGUAAUAAUGCACUUUGGAUGUGUGUGAGAGACAACGUGUGUGUGUGUGUGUGUGUGUGUGUGUGUGUGUGUGUGCAGGUUGGCCAGUUAUCACCAUAUCCUUCAGUUGACAGUACCUGUUAUAUAUCCUUAAGUUGCUGCCUGACGUUAAACUGCAUCAUGUUGGUUAUUAAAAGCACACGGCUCUUUGACGUUCUGUCUUUGUGUGAGGCAGACAAGAUAUUUUAUUUGUUGUUCGCCUUUUGAGGAAGUAUGUUUCCCAUAAACCAUAAAUCAUGUCAUCUCAUCUAAGUUUUAUUGCUUUAUUGAACUAUACCACUACAUUGCUUUCACUUGUUCUGUCGAGACUGUUUGUCUUUGAGUGAGUGCUAAGGUAUCUUAUCUUAGCCUGAACGAUCCAGAAUCAUCGUUUUGAUCAUGCAGUUGGUAUUGUUUAUGUUUAUUAAGACAGUACUGAUUCAGAUGUGGUUCUACCCAAAGUCACAUAGCUAGUUACUUUCAGUAUCUGCUGUAUGAAAGCUUUCUGCCAGGCCCAGAUCAAAGGACCACGUUGAUUUGUGACAAGUUGUAGUCACCUCCUAGACAUCAACUGGAAAUUUUUAUCUAAUUAAUCACCAUCUCGUAAGUUAUUUAUCAAGUGUAAGACACAAUAAGAUGUCUCCCAAGCCCUUUAAGUAAAAUAUCUGUGUGCAGCUUUGUUCGGGAACUUUUCAACUGGACCUGCACAAUUUUAAUUCCAAAGUGAGAUAUCAAUCACUCGUAUAACACUAGUAGACAGUACGUUUUGAGUAACAGUGGAUGUUAUCCUUGCAUUCAGUAGACUAGUUUCAAAGUGUUCAUAUGUUCAUUCUGGAAAGAAAUCAUUCAACUAUUCAAAGACAAAACCCUGAAUCCAUUUAUAUGAACUAAGCCCCAAUGUUGCAUAUGUUACAGUGACUGUGCAGUUGCAUUACUUCACCAACACAGUGCCCAGUGGCCCAGUACGACAUACCGGGUUAUUAUUAUUAUGCAUGAAUACUAUUGCAGCAAUAAAGUAACUGAGAGUAUUUCUAUGAACAUGUAUUUAAUAUUCGAAUGAGAUUAUGAAUGGGCCAUAUCUUAUCAGUGGUCCUGUUGGCAGGACAAAUCAGACUUUUUUUUUUUUCUGGCACAAAAAUAAAUCAGUGUACAUGAUGAUCAUUACGACAUGCUUUUCACUUGCUUUUCAUUGUUGCUGUAAUUUCGUGUUAAUGUAAGGUCUCAUGAUGGUAAUAAUUAGCGAAAAAGAUGAAUGUUGUGGGCUGACGUAGAUCUAAAUUCCGUAACUCUUAACAACGACUCAAGACAAAGCCACAGUGCUGUUUGGUUUUAUGGAUAUCUGUGUCUGACCUGUCAAGUGAGGCUGGCAUCUACAUUCAACAGCAUUCCAUAUACUCUAUUUAAAUCUCUGGGCAUUAUUCCAAUCAGAUUUGGCAGAAAACAACACAUUGUAGUAGGAAGAGAGUCACAUUUUUACCAGAAUGGAAAGAAAAAAUAAAUACUUAAAUUAAUAAAUUUCAAAAAGCAACCAAUCUUUGGCCAUAAAGAUUGUAUUAGUGUCAAAAUUCAUUGAUCUGUCAUCUAUUUAAAUACAUUUCUCAUGUUUGCUUCACAUUUUGUUGUGCUGUUCAUUUGUGUAUCUUUCAGAAGAUUUCAUAUCUGGAUGUUGUGUUGCAUUUUCAUUUAGCAUAAAAAUACUGUUUGUGACUCACAUUCAAAACACUAUUCAAAUAAAAAAGUAAAACCUU